CAGUAGGUCAGUAGACCCCGCUUGUCGGGAUUAAUACAGUCGGCAAAGAUGGUGGAACCUGUGUCCAUGCUGGUUGGUGUGGCCCACCUAGUGACCAUGAUCGUGGCAUUGGGCGAAAGGGCACGAAUACACAAGGACAACUGUGAAAAUUUGGUGCAGCGAAUCAAGCUGAUUGCUCCUCUAAUCGACGAGGUGAAGGAUUCGAAGACCCCACUUUCGGAACAGGCCAUCGCUGCUUUCGAGCAGCUGGAAAACGUACUGGAGAAAUCGAAGAAGCUUCUGGAAAAAUGUGGCACUUGCAGCAAGAUGUAUAUGCUGGUCCGCGGAAAUAUGAUUAUCAACAAGUUUCAGGAUGUGACGCUGGAUCUGGAUCGCUGCUUGCAGCUUAUUCCUCUGGUCAACCUUAAGGUGUCCGACGACGUGCGCACACAGCUGCAAGAGGUUAGCGAUAUGCUGAAGAAAACGAAGUAUGCGGUGGAUCACAGGGAGGAACAAAUGUCGAACGAAUUGCAAGAGUUGCUGGCGGAGCAGAAGGAGGGUAUAAAGGCAAAUAGGGAACUUUUGGCCCAACUGAAGGAGGCCUUAGAGAUUAAGUCAUCGGAGUCAAUACAAGGGGAGGCGAUGGCGUUGGAGGAGGAGAGGGAGGAGGCGAGAGGGGAGAAGGAUCGCAUCGAGGAACAGUACAUCAAUCAGAUCAUCGAGUUGCUGAAGAAUAUGGACGCCGCUGAUGCCAGUGAUCCCGCUGCCGCCUCCUCUUCUUCGUCUGCCUCCACCUCCGGCGUGUUAGGAGCAUGGGAUGGUGCGGAAGAGGAGGACCCGAUCCCGGCCGACAUGAAGUGUCCGCUGUCGCUUGAACUGAUGGGUGACCCUGUUAUCGUCGUUCCAUCCGGUGUUACAUACGAAAGGGCGUACAUACAGCGAUGGAUGGACGACGGUAAUCUGACUUGUCCAAAGACACGUGUCGCAUUGACGAGCACCGUGCUGACUCCUAAUUACUCGUUGAAGUCGAUGAUUCAGUCAUGGUGCGAGAAGAACAACUACCCUGUACCGGAGCCCAUCCGUCUGGACCCGCCAAAGCGGCGUAGUCUGACAUCUCAGUUCGCGGUCGCAAAGGGGAGUAACGGGCCUUUGGUGGGAGAUUCAAGUGGGGGGGAUGGGGGGGGGAUGGCAAAGGUGGGAGGAGGAGGUGUGGUGGGGAACGGGGGCUUGACAAUGCACGCAGACCAAUACUACGCGCAGCCAGGGAACGCCGGCAUUAUCGAUUUCCAGGGGGCAGGGCAUCAGAUGAGCGUGAAAUCGGUGAAGCAGAUGUAUGCAGUGUCCCCUGAACACCAGCAGGUCGCAGGCGCAGGUUGGGAGUAUGGAGCGGGGAAGCCCAGGCGAUGCGGCGGGGAGGGGGCCAUGAACUUCAUGAGCGGGGAGGACGAUGGCUGUGAUGGAAGCAGCCCGGGAUGGGAGGAGAUUUAUCGCCAGGGACAGCACCCAGGGGCAGUAGGGAUGUAUAACGGCUACGAUUCCGGUGCCAUGGCAAUGAACGGAGGAAUCGCGGCGCGGCACAGGCGCGUGACGUCCGAUUGCGCAGAGGGAAUGGGGGAUGGCGGGGCAGCGUUCCGCGGUGGGUACCCGUCGCACCACAGUCCCGUUCACCCGCGCAUGGGCUUCGCUCCGCGCCAGCGCAUGCCGCCCAUCCCGCAGCAUAUGAUGGACGGUGGCGGAGGGGCGCUCCCUUACUGCAUGUCCGGACCCCGCCCGCCUCAGCAUCUACAGCCCGUUAUGAUGGCCGGGAACCCGGCCGCUAUGCGGAUGGGGGGGGGUCCGUUGUCCAGAGCGCAAUCGGUGAAGGAAGGAGGGCGAUUCUCUCUCGCUCGUGAAGCUAGCCCCACUCCCAUUCAGGGGCCAAUCGCUCAACUUCCCCAGAUGAGUCCCGAGGAAGCGAGACGAGUGAGGAGGGAGGAAGAGGUCGCAGAGAUGGUGAAGCGGCUGGAAGACGACGAUCUGCAGGUUCUGCGCCAGACGACGGGAGAGCUUCGACUCAUAGCCAAGUUCACCAAAGAGAACCGCGCCGGGAUCGCGGCGGGAGGCGGGAUCCCUCCAUUAAUCAGGCUGCUUGCUUCGCCUGACGCCUGGAUAGUGGAGAACGCAGUGACGGCUCUUCUCAAUCUGUCCAUAAAUAUGGAGAAUAAGACGGACAUAGUGUCCGCGGGGGCAGUCCCCGAGUUCGUUCGAGUGCUGAGGGUUGGCAGCACGGUCGCCAGGGAAAACACGGCCGCGGCGCUCUUCAGUUUGUCCGUUAAUGACGAGAACAAGGUUCUCAUAGGUCAAUCCGGCGCCAUUCCUGCGUUAGUCGACCUGCUGGUUAACGGCGGCAUGACAGGGAAGAAAGACGCCGCCACGGCGCUCUACAAUCUGUCCAUACUGCCUGCAAACAAGCUGCGAAUCGUCAGGGCUGGGGCGGUUGGUCCGUGCAUUGAGCUUAUGAAGAACCAGCCAGAUCAGGCGAUGGUGGAGAAAGCGGUGGCAGUCGUCUCUAACCUGGCGACAAUACCUGAGGGCAGGGCAGCCCUCGGGGAGGAAGGAGCUAUCCCUGUGAUUGUGGAGACGUUGGAGGUCGGAUCGUGGAAAGCCAAGGAGAACGCCGCUGUCACACUCCUUUUCAUGGCGCUGAACAGCCAGCGACACAGAGCGCUCCUCAUACAGGAAGGAGCGAUGCCCUACCUCGUUGCCCUUUCCAAAUCCGAGGAGGCGUCCGCUCGUGCGCAAGAGAAAGCUAAUGCCCUGCUCAAGUUCUUGAGGGACGGGAGGCUGGAAUCCAUGCGGAGAGAACAGAGCAUUGCCUGAAGAGAUUACACUCACUCGCUCACUCACUUCCUCACUCACUCAAUUGCUCACUCACUCACUCACUCACUCAGUGUCCUGGGUAUCGCGCACCCUUACAACCCGAGCGCAAUUCGA